CUCAAUUCUAUAUGAUUUGGUUAAUCCCCCAAAUUGGGGUGCAGAGGAGGUGAAUUAUUGUGGACCAUCAUGAUACAAAUUCAACGGCUAAGAAAUGAUUCAGCUCCAUUUCCUUUGCUAAACUCCCAAACAUAAUUAUUACAUUUUCUCUUCCCUUUCUUUUUUUUACUUUAUAUUGUUUUUCUUAAUUUCCCUUAUUUCCCUUUCCUCCAUUAGUAAAUUCCCAAACAUAGCAUAAUAGGUAGAAGAGCUAACCAGUUAGAAUUAUAUUUAAAAAGACUUCUAGAAUAUAUUUCUGCUGUCUAUCAAAAGGUUAACCUUGUCUCUGUAUAAAUUGUUUAAUUAGGUCUCUCACGCAUGCGAGAACAGCAAGCAAAUGGCAACAAGAAAUGAUAUCCACAUGGGGAGAUCUUCAGGAAAGCUUCUGCCUUGAGGAUUUUGAGAGGGCUUGGCAUUAUAUUUUUAAUGUCAAGGUUGAAGCGGUCCUCAAACAAUGGAGGCAUGAGAUUAAGCACGAAACCUAUGAUAGGUAUUCGAAGGACUGGCAGAGGUUUUUAAACCUCGACGAUAAAGUUGACGAGCUUCAUUUCACGACUCUCCUCAUGUAUUGGGACAGCGUUGCCGCCCAGAAUAAAUCAAUGAAGGGAUCAGAGAAUAGAAGGAAGAAGAUGCAUGACCACCACUUAGGCGUACACUCCUAUGCCAACCUAGAGAAUGGGAAAAUCAAGAAUGUUGAUACACUUGAAGGCAAUGGCGACAUAUGA